GAAAAUGUUUGACUUCAUCGACAAUUUAUUGUCUGGCAAUGAAGACACUAUGGCCUACAUCUGCAAUGCUGUACUCCUUACUAUUUUAUUCAUCACUUUUGUCUUCAUCUUCGUCCUGUUCCAACAGAAGAGCCUGAACAGAUUGGGUUAUAAACGAGAAUACAUAAACAAGAAUUAUGUUAAUGUUCUGUACAGUAGUAACUGGAGGGAUGAUGAACUAGCUGUGCUGUUGAUAAUACCUGGUAAUCCUGGACAAGCCGGGUAUUAUCAGGAGUAUAUGGAUUUAGUAAUUCUACAUAGUGAUGAACAGUUUAGGGCAUGUGUAGUGUCUCAUGUUGGACACAGUCCUGCCUCGGAUAACAUAUUUAAUGUCAGGGAUCAGAUAGAGAGUAAAUUACAAUUUAUCACCGCAAAACUGGAGCCGGGCACAAAGAUCCAUCUGAUUGGUCACUCUUUUGGUGCUUACAUAGCUCUUAAACUCUUUGAAAAAGGUAUUAAAUUGGAAAAAUCGAUACUUUUGUUUCCAACGUUUGAUAAUAUGGGUCAGAUGCCCAAAGCAGCAAAUCUACGAAUGUUGCUGAGAUGGCAAUCUCAAAUCACCGCUGUUGCUUGGCUUACUGAGCUUCUGCCGGGCCAACUGAAAAACAAAAUGAUCCAGUUUUAUUCAGCAAAGUUUUCUAAGAACAUCCAGGACCACAUGUCUGCGACUAUUGCUGAACUAAUAACUCCUAAGUCUUUGAACAAUGUAUUUGGACUAGCUACAAACGAAAUGGCAGUGAUAAAGGAUCCUGAUUUUAAACUGAUAAAGAAAUUCAAAGAUAAGCUUGUGUUUUAUUAUGGUAUGCACGAUUUGUGGGCUCCUUUGGAUUGUCUCAGAAAGCUUAGAAAGGCUGUGCCUGCUGUCAACUUUCACAUCGCUGAUGAGGAAGUCUUGCAUGCUUUCAUGUUCAGCUCAUGUAAGAAAGUUGCUCUAAAAACUGUUGAGUUUCUUACUGGUAACACUAGGUAUGAUAUUAACAAUUUGAUCCCAAACUUUGAAGAGGUUGCUGCAGCUGCUCGUGCUGAUGGCGAUUUGGAAUAUGAUUUUUGCGAUGAUUAGGAGAAAAAAUGAUCAAAUAUGAUUUGAUAGUUUAUCGGUAUCAAUACUUGACAGCAGUCGUUAUAAUAUUUAUGUACAAAUCUUGCUAUAGUUUUGUAAUAUUGUACUGAUUGGAAAUUUUGAUAAUUUUGAACAUUUGAGAAAUGAUUUGAAAUUUUUUGAGGAGAACAUUCUACCAAUGAUUCCUUUAAUAGACAUCUAAUAUCCGUCUUUUUAUUUAUCUAUGAUCUACUUAUUAUAUAAUCAUUCUAGUUUAGAAAGAAUUGAAGUCUAGAUAAUAUAUCCUAUUGGAAUUUUUACCUCUAUUUAUUUGUUCUAAUUGUAAAACUUGGAUGUCUUAAUCAUUGAAGUACUGUAUUGUAUAUCUUCUGUUUACUGUAUGUUUGGUUGAGUUUUGAUUUAAAAGUUGUAAAAAUUCUUUUUAUUAUCUCAGUGAAAUAUUACAACUAUCGUUAGGAUUAUACCUUAGUUCCCAAAAAUUUGUGUGCCAUUAUAUUGAGCACAAUUUAUUUGAGCCCGAAAAAUUUGGGCAGAAAAUUUGAACUCAUUUGGGCGACCGAAAAUUUGGGCACAAAUUCUUCGAAAAAUGAACGAUUUUCCACUAAAAUUUCAGUUAGAUAUUUGCCUCAGUUCAUUAUUAUUCCUUAUGUUAUUAUUCCUGUCAUUUUGCUUUCAAUUUUAAACAUGUAGGUGUGUCAGCUCAAUGGAGGAGUUUCAUCAGACAAUGUGAAAAUUGAUACCCGCUUGACAGUGAUCCGUGAAGUACACUCUCGUUGGAUCAACGAACUUUUUUGUAUAUUUAAAAGGGAGGCCAGAUGACAUAAGGAAAGGCUUUGAGAAGUCGAGUAUAACUGAUGCUUGUAGAUCAGACUUUACGGUGGAUGAUAAUCCAUUUGCAGAUCUUGUUUAAAUCUCUAGCUAUCCAUACCUCUAGCCAUUUGUUUUAUUAGUAGCUGUUAGCUAUUCCAGUUAUUUCUAUUCAUUU